UUGACAGCUGUUUCGCAAAGCAAAGCAUUCGUAUCCUUGAUUCAGCGACAUAGAAAAUUUUCCACCGCUUGAAUGUGUCAAAAGUGCGCGAACCGAUACCAAAAAAUUGGACUUAUUGAUUGUGCUAGUGUUUUUAUUUUGGAUUGUUUUUAUCUUUGGUAGAUAUAAUUUAAUGAUUUUAUUUAGAAAACAAAAUUUUUUUGCAAACAGGGAUACUAAUUUACCCAGAACUAAUAUUGCAUAUUGUGUGCGUGUGUCGUGUAUUGAAGUUACAUAGUUUACGCAUAAAGUAUUUGUAAUGCGUAAGACGCGUUCUCAAACCCAUGCAGAAAACGCCGUACUCUCGGGCAGCGCCACGAGCAGUUCGCGUUCCGGAGUGGUAUCCUCGUCCACGCCGUCAAAUAAUCCAGCGCCUUCAUCUCAACAACAAUACCAAAUUAACUCCAGCAAUACACAGAAGCGAAGUAAUACUCAAACACAGUCGGCGUCCGUAUCUAGUUUCGUUGAUCCAUCUCGCCUUAAGGAAUGUGAGGAGAUGCUAAGUCUUCUUCGUGUGGUUGAACUACAAAAGAUACUAUCAUAUUUGAAUAUUUCCUUUGCGGGACGAAAAGUAGAUUACCAAAGAAGUAUAAUAGCUUUGCUGCGCACCAAGUUCGAUUUAGUAGCUCCAAAAAUUCGCGAAGUCUAUACACAAUCUAUAGUUGAACAGCAGUCCAAUCAGUUUGGCCCUCCAGACCCUAAAAGAAUGCAUACACCAAUGCACAUGCAAACACAUGCAGGUAUGAUUGCUGCAGCUUCCGGCGCUCCUGUGGGCGGUGCACAACAAAUAUUAAAUCCAGCAAACGUAGCUGGUAUGCAACCUGGUGUCCCACAGGGCAACAAUGUGGUGCCAUUUAUGCACGCCAUACCCACACAGAUGCCUAUACACCCGGAUGUACGUUUAAAAAAGCUUGCAUUUUAUGAUGUUCUGGGCACUUUGAUUAAACCAUCCUCGCUGGUACCACGCAAUGCCCAACGCAUACAAGAAGUUCCAUUUUAUUUCACACUGACGCCAACACAAGCUACAGAUAUCGCAUCGAAUCGUGACAUACGCAACAGCUCGAAAAUCGAACACGCCAUACAAGUGCAAUUGAGAUUUUGUUUGCUAGAAACAUCCUGUGAUCAAGAGGACUGUUUUCCACCGAGUGUUAGUGUUAAGGUCAAUAACAAACUGUGUCAACUGCCGAAUGUCAUUCCAACUAAUCGUCCAAAUGUGGAACCUAAGCGACCACCCAGGCCAGUUAAUGUUACAUCAAAUGUUAAACUUUCACCCACAGUCACCAAUACGAUAACGGUACAGUGGUGUCCCGACUACACACGAGGCUACUGCAUUGCUGUAUAUUUAGUUAAAAAGUUGACUUCGGCCCAGUUGUUGCAAAGAAUGAAACAGAAAGGCGUUAAACCUGCGGAUUAUACCAGAGGUUUAAUCAAAGAGAAACUGACUGAAGAUGCUGAUUGUGAAAUUGCCACCACAAUGCUGAAGGUCUCUUUGAAUUGUCCUUUGGGUAAAAUGAAGAUGUCCAUACCAUGUCGUGCUUCAACAUGCUCACAUUUGCAAUGUUUCGAUGCAAGUCUCUACCUGCAAAUGAAUGAACGCAAACCCACAUGGAAUUGUCCAGUGUGCGAUAAACCUGCUGUUUAUGAUAAUCUUGUUAUUGAUGGCUACUUCCAAGAAGUGUUGGCGUCAAAUCUCCUUAAACCAGACGAUACUGAAAUACAACUACACAAAGAUGGUUCGUGGAGUACUCAUAGUCUACGAAAUGAAGGACAAGUCUUGGACACCCCGACUAAACCCGUGGAAAAAGUUGAAGUUAUUUCGGAUGAUAUAGAAUUAAUCACCACAGAGGAUGUUAAACCAGUGAAGGCGGCUCCUGCUUCUGUCACAAUAACUGCAACUGAGCAACCUUCUUCAACUACAAAUAGUGAGACCGUUGAUCUAACCCUUAGUGACUCAGACGAUGAUUUACCAUUGGCCAAGCGUCGCCCGAUUGCCAAGCAAAAUGCACAACAACCAGGUGCAACGUCGACGAUGAAUGGUAAUGGCGGUGGUAAUCAAAGAGGCAUAUAUAUGCCACCAAAAAAUGAGAAACUUUAAACUUAAGGUAUACAUACAUACACAUAAAAGCGGACAUAAUAUUAGUUUUUACGAAAUAAUUUUACUUAGUUUUAUGUUGUGUAUAUAGACACACACAUACACAGUCAUAAAAAGCUAAAUUUUUGCAGAAGCCGAGGAAAACAAAAAUUCAAUUCCAAAUUGUCUGUACAUUGUCUUAGCAGCAUAUCAAUAAUUUUUAAAAUUGGUUCUACUUUUCCUUUUAUUUCAAAAAAUUUCCUUGAGAUUAUAAAACAAAGUGCCAAAAUAAAUAAGUUAAUUUAUUUUCUUUUAUCUCGUAACUCUUAUAAAAAAGUAAUGAAAUUUUACACUCCAGUUCACGAGGAUAGAACCAUUGGCUGAAGGAAGCGUUUUAUAUAAAUAUGAGGUAAAGAACUUGGAAUUUAUUUUAUAAAGGGAUAGCCGUGUCCCGCUCUGCUUCUUUAACUCUCUAAUAUCUGUUAAGGGUGGGGACACUUCGCCCUGAAUGCGAUAUUUGCGAGGCAUGGUCAUUUAAAAAAAGGUCCCUUAUCAUUGAGUUUAGACUUGAAUCGGAAAGCACUUAUUGAUGUGUGAGAAUUUGCCCCUUCUUGGUUCCUGGUGGUAAUGUUCUUCCUUAGGGUAAUGUUCCCAUUAGGGGAGGGAUGGCACCUCAGACAUUUCUACUCAAAUAUAGAUAUCAAAUUCGUGCUUCACUUCCAAACCCCUUUAAUUUGAGCCCCAGUCCUGACUGGUCAUUGCAUGAUCUGGUCUGUGACGUCUCGCUGGACACCGGGUAAACCUUACAUGUCAAUGCUGCGAGGAGAAGCAUGUGAUCACCUCUUUCCGAGCCUAGAUUCCCUCCAAACACUUAGCCCU